UUCACUCGGCUCCGUCAUCAUAACGCGGACGGGUCGAUCGAGUCGCCACCACGCAGCGUCGUUCGUCCGCCACAUAGUUACCACCAUCGCGGUGCAUCCCUACGGCGCAGGUGAGCGAGUCCUCUGGUGCGGACGGGCCCGGCGCCAUCAUGUCUGCUCCAGCCACGGAAGGGGCCGCCGCGACGGCCCUCCGCUCGGUGCUCGCCCGGGCCCAGCAGGCGGCGGAGCGAUGCGGUCGGUCGCCGGAGCAGGUUCGAGUGGUGGCGGUCAGCAAGACGAAGCCCGUAUCCCUCAUCCGCCAGGUCUACGACGUCGGCCACCGCUGCUUCGGUGAGAAUUACGUCCAGGAGAUCGUCGAGAAGGCUCCUCAGCUUCCUUCGGACAUUGAGUGGCAUUUCAUUGGUAACUUGCAAAGCAACAAAGUGAAAUCCCUUCUUGCUGGUGUUCCAAAUCUUGAUAUGGUUGAGAGCGUAGAUGAUGAAAAGAUUGCUAAUCAUCUUGAUCGUAUGGUUGCUAGCUUGGGAAGGAAGCCUCUGAAGGUCUUGGUGCAAGUGAAUACUAGUGGAGAAGAAUCAAAAUUUGGUGUUGAUCCUUCAUAUUGUGUCCAACUGGUGAAGCAUGUGAAACUUGGGUGCCCAAACCUCAUUUUUGCUGGUCUAAUGACAAUUGGGAUGCUGGACUACUCUUCCACUCCAGAAAACUUCGAGACACUAUCAAAUUGUAGGACUGAGGUGUGUAAGGAGCUUGGGAUACCAGAAGAGCAGUGUGAGCUGUCUAUGGGAAUGUCUGCCGACUUUGAGCAAGCUAUUGAAAUGGGGAGUACAAAUGUUCGGAUUGGAUCGACGAUAUUUGGUGCAAGAGAGUACCUAAAGAAGGACAAAAGCCAGUGAGCAUUCUCUUAUACUUUCCUGACCUAAAAUUCCAUGCUUUCAACAGAUUGUUAGAUGGUUUUAUUUAUCAACUCUGAACAUGAGAACAUCAAGCACAAAACAUGUUGUAAAAGAGACUAUUAAUUUCUUCUGUAUUCGGUGUGACCUUCCUCUUUCCAGCAGAGCAAAUCUUUAGUUCA